AUGUACGCAUCGGGUGGCAGAGGCGGGCGCGGGCUCGGGCGCGGGCGUGGGCAUGGCCGCAACGGUGGAGACCGCGAUGGCGGGCGGAGUGGCAACCAAGGCGGGCGUGGGAGUGCGCGCGAUCACUUUUCGAAGGAUGACAAGGCCGACAGGGCGCAUCGCUUCCUGUUCGCGGUCACACGCGAGGACGCGCGCCCCCUCCACGCAUCAAGCGGGCCUCCGAGGUUCGUGCGGGCCCUGCACGACCUGGCGACGAGCGGUGCCCCGCAGGCCGCCCUGAACCUGCUGAGCGACCAGUCCAGCUCGGGUCUGCUGCGUCUCGCCGAGGCCCUCGACGUCCCGGGCGACGGGUGUUUGCCUGCGACGCUAGGGGUGCUCCUGGCGCUCCGAGAGGCCGGCGCCGUGGGCAUCGGCGCGACGGCGGCGGGCGCGGGGCCCGUCCAGGUGACGCUGCUGCGGAGCUGCCGCUUCGUCGACGCCGCGCGGCAGCUGUCGCACGCGUCGGUCGUUCCUCCUCCGGGGGGGUUCCUGGCCGUGGCGGAUCCGGACGGGGUGCGCGUGGGCGUGCCCGAGGCCGCGUCGCUCUUGCUGCAGGGGAUGAUGUCGAGCGUACAGGGCGCGGAGGGUGUGCUCACGUCCGACAAGCUGGCGGAGCUUGUGGCAGCGGCGGAGGCUAUGUCCGGCGUGGUCGGCGCGCCGGACGCGGGCUCCGGGGCGGCUCUGGCAACACGCGAGCUCGAGACGCUCGUCGCGAUGCUGGAGCGGCGCAGCGCCGAGUUCACCGCGGCGCUGCAGCGGCGGGACCGCGCCGCGCAACGCGCUGCGCAGGAUGCCGACGCCGUGCCUGCACGGUGCAAUGCUGGCGCUGCUGCCGCGGACGGGGGCGCGCCGCGCCCCCCGGUGCCCAGGGCCUUCGCCGCGCUCGUGGCUGCGGAGGCGGGGCUCAAGGCCGGCGUCCGUCUCAGCCGGGAUGUGGCGCGGGCUGCGCGUGUCGCGCCGCUGCUGCUGGUGACCGUGCUGGUGGCGUGCCGCGCCGUUGGCGGCGUCGUCGCGGCGCUGGAGGAGGUGGAGGACGGCGGCGCGUGCGGGGCGGAUGUCGCGGACGGCGCGAGGGAGGCGGACGUCGAGACGGCUCUCAAGGAGCACAAUAUGGCGGCCGAGGACCCGGAGGAGACGGAUGGGUCGCACGUGGUGGUGGGCAAGGCCGGGCGCAAGGCGCUGGCCGCGCUGGCCAAGGCGCUGGCGGUGCUCGCCGUCGCCAUCCUCCACGAGCGCGAGCAUCCGGCGAUGGUGAAGUCGACCUCGCCGGGGCAGUGCGUGUCCCGCGCGGUGGCGAGCCUGCUCACGCGGACGGCGACGGCGCGCUGCUGCCCGGGCGCGGCGGGGCGGGCGGGAAGCGAGGCGUGCCGCCACUGCCAUCCGACGGCGCAGCAGGAAGGCGCUCCCGCGCCCCGGCGGACCUCCCCGCGCGGCGGCGUGCCGGCCGAGGCCGGCGUGCCGCAGCCCCCCGACGCGUGGGAGCGCGUCGACCUGCUGCUGAAGGCGCUGACCGACCCGGGGAGCGUGUGGGACAAGGCGGGCGACGCGUACGCGGAGUGCGUCUGGGCGGGGCCCGAGAAAGCCGGGGGCCAAGGCGGGCUCCUGCUCGGCAUGGCGAGCGCUGUCGCGGAUGCCUUAACCACGAAGCGGGAGUCGCUUGCAGAGGCGUCGACGUACUGGGCCGACAAGGGGUGGGCCUGGUCCGCGGCCGUUGCCCGGGACGCCGAGAAGGACAUCGACGAGGGGGCGGUGGCGCGCCAGUGCGGGCCCUACAGGCUGCUCGACUCCUAUCUGGAGGAGGCGCUGGAGCUGGCGUGGCGCUGCCCGGGCGCGAAGAAGGACCGCGUGCCGGGGAGGACGAACGUGCGCGACGAGGGCCGAGAGGACUCGCGCCGCAGCGGGCGGGUGGCCGCGUCGAGUGCCAGGGCGGCCGAGAGGACGGCUGCAAGGGCGGCCGCUGCAGAGCAGUCGACGUCGCAACACCACCCUCGGCCCAAAACGGGGAGGAAGCGCGCGCCGACCGACGACCCCGCCGGGAUCGGCGGCCGUUCCGCGGGAACGUCAAAGAAGCGCGCCCGCGCGGACGGGGGCCAGGCGCCUGGCGGCGAGGGGCCUGCUUUGGCGCGGUCCAGGGACGGCGGAGCUCGCGCGGUCGAGGGCGGCGACGGCGGCGGCGGGGGCCGGGGGAGCGAUGUCGAACAGCACUCCGACGGUGCAGCCGGCUCGCCCGCGCGUCAGCGGGGGGCGGGUGCGGGUGGGGACCCGCAGCAGCGGACGCCGGAGGCUGCCGGGUCCGGGUCCGGGCUCCGCGGCGACGGGGUGCUCACGGUGCGGCACGACAAGGAGCCGAACGCGGUGGCGGUGGCGGCGCGGCGGAUCUCGGAUGAUGCGCUCUCGCUGGACGCGUCGCUGCUCCGCCUCUUCGCCGUGUCCCACGGGCUGGUGACGUCCAAGGCGGCGGCCGUGGACGUGCUGGCCGGGGACGACGACGACGGCAUGGUGCAGCUGGCGGCUCGUGUGCGCGGCGCUCUCCAGUCGGUCUCGCACGGGCUGCGCAUUCUGGGGCUCGCGGACGUCCACGACCCGUCGGAGGUCGCGACGGGGUUGAUGUGGCCGCAUGAUGCAUCCUCGCCUCACGAGUUCGUCGCGAAGAUGGCCGAGGUCGGCGGCGCCGACCCCGGCGCGAUCGUCCUGGCGCCACGGCGCUUGGUGCCUCUGCGCCCGGCCGACGCGGAGGUCAUCCGCGCCGCGGAGGCCGGGCGCAGGGCGGGGGUCGCGGCGAUCUGCGAGCAGGAGGAGUUCAAUGCCGCGACGAUCAAGGACAGCGAGCUGCGCGGCGAGGGCUUCUCGGGCGUGGUGGGCGACGCAUGCGUGGCCCCCUACGCGCACCCCCCCUUCCUCUCUCGCCCGCCCCCGGCGGACGUUCCCGUCCCUGGGAGGUCCGACGUGGUGCUCUGCAGCCAGACGCGCGCCCCGCACCCCGCGGACUACGCCAAGCGCGCCGAGAGCGCCGAGGAGGCCAACUGCAGGUGGUUUACGCGUGGGCGGGCCAAGGCCCGCCCGGACGGGGCCGCGCCGGCGCGUCUCACCGACGAGGAGCUCGCCGACGUGUGGCUGCCGGGCCUGAAGUUGACCAAGCCCUUGGGUCGGGGCGACGCGCUCGUGCUGCCGCCGGGGCGGCCGCCCUGGCCGGCCGCUUGGGAGGACAAGGAGCCCGGGACGUGA